UCCUUCCUUGUCCCAUUUGAGAAUGAGUGUGCCAAACUCGCCAAUGGCGCACUCACCUUUGAUAGCCUUGGGAAGCAAAUGUUCUGGCUCCAUGCCUACAACAUUUUCAAGCUCGGUGAUAUCCUUGCGAUAGAAAAACUACUGGAAAUACGUGGCCAUAAUGGCUUUGCACCAUGUCGGUCAUGUCUGAUCACUGGUGUUCGAAAUAAGUCUGCAAAUAAGACUAAUUACUACGUCCCAUUAACUCACCCUACUCAACUUAAUACUCCGAACCUACACUGGGACCCCCUUCAGCUCCCCCUUUGCAGCCAUGCUUAUUUUGAAGAGGUACUGCAAGAGAUGGAUGAAGCAGACACUGCUGCGGAGAAGGAGAGGAUUGGCAAGAAAAAUGGUCUCCGCGCAGGCCACCUUCACCUUUCUGACAGGCGGCAAGUAGGGUCAAUGGACUUUGCCAGGUCCUUUCCUUGGGAAUGGAUGCACGUCUUCCUUGAGAAUAUUGUCCUGAUGCUUGUCAAGCACUGGACUGGAAAAUUCAAGGGUAUGGAUGCUGGAAAAGAAGAUUAUGAGAUAGUUGAUCAUAUAUGGACUGAAAUUGGAGCAGAAACUGCCGCUGCAAUCGCAAACAUUCCUGCUACAUUUGUUCGAGUCCUCAGCAAUAUCGUGGAUGAUCACUCAAACUUCACAGCAGAAUCAUGGUCAUUCUGGAUCAUUUACCUUGCCCCAACACUCCUGCGUAAUCGUUUUCCGAACACAAAAUACCACAAGCAUCUUUGCGAGUUAGUUUGGAUCAUGAAAAAAACACUACAGUUCUCAAUCAUGCAUGCGGAGAUUGAUGAAUUGGAACAGUGA